CUACUCUACGGAUAACUUUUUUUUAAUCUUUUCUCAGUCUCCCGCGAGACUCGUUAGUUUGUUACUUGCUUGAUAUUUUAAUAAAUUCAUUCAAAUUAUUGUUGACUAAUGGACCAACAAAUUUGAGUGCAAAAGAGGUGCCUAUUGAUUAGUUACCGACUGAACAAAACGAAUAAGUUUAAGAGCAAGACAUCGCGAUCCAAAACACAGCUAUCACAUCGGCCGAGCGCUUGUUAACUUAUCACGCUUACAAAUUGAAGUCUCAGAGGAAAAAAGAUCCUCCAGGAGAAAUUGAUCUCAGAGGACUAAUAGCUGACACACGUCGGAUACUUUGAAUGCCAGUCGGCUAACGAUUAACCACGGAAAUCAUUAAAACAUUGCCAUGAAGCCAGCGGUCAUAGACACCGAGAAAAAUGUGUCUCUCAGACAAUCGACUUGGGUUUCAGAUUCGUAGCACGCGAACCAAAACAACUCGACAAAAGAUAUCACGAAAGCCAAUGCUAUGAGAACCUAACAUUUGCUCCUAAUUAGAGUGGUGAGGCGUCUUAACCAUGAGUGUUCAUUCGUCUCGCUAUCCACUGAUUCGAAUCAGUAAAACAGGCGAGAUGAGGUUGAAGAAUAAGGUUAGUACAGCCAUCCUCAAGGAGAACACGCACGAAGAACGAGCUCUUGCGACGCAGCUUGCGGCCUUGAAUAAGCACAGAGAUCGACAAGGCAAGUAUCUCACAUAUAGGCAAUUGGACUUUGCAAACAAGCAGAUCACAGCUUCCGAGGACAGACCUCGUACGAUUGCCACGACCGACGUGAGGCGGGAGAGCUAUUUGCCUCCGAUAAAUGCGGCGGGGUUAGAUGAGUCUGUGCGGAGGCAAAGGGCGAAUACAGUGUCUGAUACUGAAGAUGCGAGUAAAGCAAUAACUGGAGAGGGAGGUUAUGCGACAAGAAGCAAGUCAAACUGGGAAAAAGCAAUCACGUUUGUAAAACUAGCCGUACAGAACCGACCUCAACAGAGCGAGGAGGAAAAUAAGACUUUUGUGACACAGCAAGUCACAAGCAAGAAACGGAAAGGUAGGAAGGCAUCACCAAAAAACCCCGAGACUUCGACAAGUCUUCCUCCGUUGACAAUGUCACAGGAAGAACCGAUAGAAAGGCGCCGCAAGAGAAAGCAUUUAUCUAAACAAUUAAGCUUUCCCGAGAUGUUAAAGGUGUCUCGGGAAAUGUCCAAAGUAGGGCUGGAAGAUCCUCGAUUUGUGCAGCUUACGAGUUGCCUCAGUCGGGAAGGUGGGGUUCGAAACAGUACAAGUACAGUUACUACCAAGCCAAAACUAACAGGGAAACGGAAGAUAUCACAAAGUUACUAAAAUCUCACACAGAGCAAUAUACAAAGAUACAGGAGACAUGGAGAUAUAUUUAGAGCAGCUCUACGCAAACUAUCAUAGCAGGUGCAGAGCUUUUCGGUUGCGCUGAACAAACAGCCCUAAAUUGAGCCUCAUUAAAAGUGACGGGGGAAAAGGGCUAUAGUUUGCUGAUGAAAAGUGCUCUGUUUAGACGGCAGAGUUAAGUGUGCUUGAGUACAAAUCGUCAGUUGUUUGAUGGCACGAAAGAUGUUUUUACACGGGCCAAUAAUGGACAUAUAAAGAGAAUAUAUAAGUACAAUGAGAUUUAUACUAGGCCAGUGGGAUAUAUCAGACCAGAAGGGAGUGUGAACUUGUAUCGUUUAUCUAUGCAUGUUAUAUAAUCAUGCUUUUGCUUGAAAUAAGUUAUAUAAGUCAAGUCGGGGUAUUAUAGAGUGACAUUGAUUCAUAACAUCAUGUAAUCAUAAGCAAUUUUAAUCAAGUAUUUCCUUUGAAAAAUAAUGGGAGAAUAUAUUAAGUGAGCACGGUAUAUAACGUGCCUACAUAUAUUUAGAGAGUAAGUUAUUAUAUUUAUAUUGUACAGUUGUUAGAGCUGUAAUUUUAGAAUAGGUGCGAAUAAAAAAAAUCACUCUCA